AUGUCAACAUCUGGCCUCUCAGUCCAAGACGAAGCAGAAAACGCUGCCGCCGCAGGCAAUGCAAUGCAGCUGAAAGAGUGCUUUAGCAGAGGGGCCCGAGUGGACACGUUUGUGUACUUGAAGGCGCUGCAAAAUGGCAAUGUUGAUACCUACAAGGUAAUUCUGGACAAUGGUGGCCAUAUCGAUUACAAUCUGGGCACCAGCGGCAAUGCAUUGACUUCAGCCCUGCGCCAUCAUCAUGAUCUACUACUGGAGUUUCUCUUUGCAAAUUCUGUCGAUGUCAACAAUGGUCAUUGGGGCCAUAUGCUUCCACCAGUAGGAGUUGCGGUGCGAAUGAACCGCAAUAUCAAAUGGACAGAGCGUCUUCUGCAAGCUGGCGCAAGGCUGAAUGAGACUGGGGCAUUGCACAUUGCAGCGAUCAUGGGCGAUUUGCCAAAAAUAGAACUUCUUCUUUCCUUUGGGGCAGAUGUCAAUGAGGUUCCCGCUUGCACAAUAAUGGGGUUUGUCAAGUACAAUAAAAAAGGAUCCCCAGUCCACUGGGCGAUCCACGGAGGCUCAGCAGAUGCUGUGCAGCUUCUUCUCCAAUAUCAUCCUGACCUUAAUGUCCUUGAUGAAGAUGGUGUUAGUGUUUAUAAUCGGCUCCAGGAGGCUCAUCUGCCACUUUCCUAG